CUAUAUAAAGCAAGUCGACGACAAGUGCUACUUCAUCAACCAACACAAAGCCAAAAAAAAAUAAAAAAAAUCAAGAGGAAGCUUUAAAACGAGAGAAAAAGAGAGAGAGAGAUGGCAACAUCGGGAACAUACGUGACGGAGGUUCCGUUGAAAGGAACGGCGGAGAAACACUACAAGAGGUGGAAGAGUGAGAACCAUGUCUUCCCUGAUGCCAUCGGCCACCACAUCCAAAACGUCACCGUUCACGAGGGCGAAACUGACUCUCACGGAUCUAUCAGGACUUGGAACUACACAUGGGAUGGAAAGGAGGAGAUAUUCAAGGAGAAAAGAGAGAUAGACGAUGAGAAUUUAACGUUGACGUUAAGAGGACUUGAGGGUCACGUGAUGGAGGAGCUCAAGGUGUAUGACGUCAUCUAUCAAUUUAUCCCCAAAUCUGAGGAUACUUGUGCCUGCAAAAUCACUAUAGUAUGGGAGAAGCGCAACGAUGAGUCCCCUGAACCAAGCACUUACAUGAAAUUCGUCAAGAGCUUGGUUGCUGAUAUGGACCACCACGUUAACAAAGCUUAAUCAUCACAUCAUCACAAUCACCAUUAUCUCAUCAUCAUCAUCCAUUAUCAUUACCAUCACCGUGAUCACUGAUCAUUAUCAUCAUCGCCAUCUCGAUGUAUUCUAUUAAGGUGUUUUUCAUUACAAUAAACAGGAUCUUGUCGAGUUUCAUUUCAAUAUAAUCGUUCGGGUUUUGUGUUAUGUUUUCAUUUGUUCUCAUGGUCAUCAUCGAGUUUGAUAUAUUAAUGAUUCUUAAGAAUA